ACUACGCUCCUACCUGGGCGCCUCUCGCGCUCUCUCUCUCCCCGUGUGUUGAUUAGAGAUGCAACAAAUUCCGAGUUGUUUGGGUUGGUGAUGGUCGGUGGUAGCGGCAUUCGGGAAAGUGCAAUCUUGUGUUCGUCUGCCUGCUUCAGUGCUAUCGUUCCAUGGUUGAAUCAUUAAUGCAUUCAUGCAGUCUUGCCAGCAUAUUGAUCGAUCAUCGCAGCUAAUCAUCGCAGUAUAGCCUCACUCCAUCAUAUACGGAGUCAUGUGAAAGCUGCUCUGUCCUGGUGCCGGGAGUGUAGUGAACCAAGAGGCAGACAGUAUAGUGAGUUAAGCGAAGGAAAGUCGACAUAAAAAACGCCGGGCGAUAAUAACGACGUUCCACCUCGUUACGGCCGGAUGUGAACGGCAGGGCAGGGUGGAACAGGGUGGCCACCAUCAACCGACCGUUGGUGCCCGACAGCCUGCCUGCCUGCCACACUACUAGCGACUAACAUCAAAGGAAGAGUACGAAGAGCGCCAUGUACUACAAAUCCACGUUUUUGCUGGGGGCACUAUGUCCCCGGGGUAGUACCUCCUCGAGCGGCAGCAAUGGCUGUGGUGCCGGCAGCAGCAGCAGCGGCGGUGGCGGCAGCGUGCACUUACUACAUGGUGGUGGUGGCGUCGGUAGUGGCUGCACGGAGAAGCACAGGAUGAGGAAAAUGAGCUCACUACUUCCGGUGAAGCUCAGCAAACGUCGGUGCUACUUGUGCCUGAAGGUGGCCGUGCUGGUCGUAGUGUUCGGGCUCUACUUUAUGCUGCUGCUCCGGGAAUCGAUGAGCGCCCUGACCGCUUCCUCAUCAUCAUCCUCCUCGUCCUCUUCCGCCUCCUCCUCCUCCUCAUCGUCCGGAUCACCGUUUGUCUCGUCUUCGUCCGUCCCUUCGUUUGCCGCGCGGUCAUCGAAUGCUGCUGGCGGCAAACUGGACCCUUCGAGCAAACGGCACGAGAAAGGCAAACACGUCAACGGUCGCCAGUCGCAUAAGGCUGGCAGUAGUGGCGGCAGCAAACAGCAGCAUCGACAGUUCCCACCAUUGCUACAGCAGUCCGAGGGAAGGGAGCAGCAGACGAACCAUUCCACGCUCAACCCGGUUUACGAGUACUCGGACGAGCUGAAUGCCGCCGCCGAGACGGACUUUAACGAGCGCCGGAUGAUGCUGUGGAACGUUUGUGCCGAGCAUCGCAUCAUCGGCAAGUAUCCGCCGAACGCGUGGGAAUUCUUCAUCUCACCCGGCCACGGUAUCGCGUGGUGUAACAUAUUCAAGGCGGCCAGCAGCACCUGGAUGUACUACUUCAACAUCCUCGGUGGCUACCCGGUACAGUACCUUCAGCAUACGAAAGCAUCACCGAUCGAUCUGGCACGGAAACGCUUCCCGAGGCCAACGAUGAAUGAGCUCAACGACUACAUCUCCAACACAAUAUCCUUUCUGAUCGUGCGCGAACCAUUCGAGCGGCUACUGUCGGCGUAUCGGAACAAGCUCGAGGGAUGCCGGAACAAGUACUACAAGCUGCUCGGUGAGCAGAUUGUCAAAAAGUUUCGCAAAGGCAAUCCUCUAAAGGGUGCGAAACCACCUCAUGGUCCCACGUUCCGGGAGUUUCUCGAGUUUCUCGUCAGCCAUUACCGGUCCGGGGGGCGCUUUGAUGAGCACUGGAGCCCGGUGUAUUCGUUCUGCACACCGUGCAGCAUCAACUUUACGCUGAUCGCCAAGAUGGAAACGUUUCAGCGGGACAGUGAGUAUAUUAUCCGCCAGGCGGGAUUGGAGACACUCCUGUUGAACAAGAUGCCCCGGUAUAAGGCACGAUGGAUCACGAAUCGAGCUACCAGUGACACCAGAAAUCUGAUUCCCAGAUACUUUGCACAAAUUGACGAGAAGCUACUGACGGAUGUGCUGGAGAUCUAUCAGCUGGACUUUGAGCUGUUUGGGUACAACAGCACCAAGUACUACAGCUAUGUCCAGUCGCCCGACUACGGAUAGCGUGUCGGACAAGGGAAAGGCAAGACAAGGGCAAGACUUCUUCCCGAAAGCAAAACCAUCCCGUGACAGAAAAGACUAACAAAAAGGCAGUGAGCGUACGAUAAGAUGCGCCAGCAGAUAGCAGAUCCCCCCCCCCCCCUCUUUAUAAAGCACCACCACCAUUAGACCAGAAGAUUAGAAAAUAUUUUCAUUUAAAAAGCUCCCUGUAUACACGUUAGAUUGAAUGAGUGUGCAAAUCUCUGCGAGGGUGCCUGAGAGGAUCCUUCCUUUUUGUAGAAACAGAACACAGGAACCUUAGGUGAACACAGACAACACACAUAAACACCCUGAGUAACCAGGCACAGUAGCUCUUACAAAAACGGUGUUAGCUUAGCUCUGAUAGCCAAUAACAAGAAGAACCGACCGUACACAAGGACUCAAUCCCACCAUAAUCGUUACGUACAAGUGGCCGCCACUCAGUUCCCGUGUUUGUCGGAUCAUACCGGAUUGUU